UAGAGGCUCGAAGCGUCUCGUAUUCUUCUAUUCUCUCCAUUUUUGAAUGAUCAAGAUUCCUUAAGAAAAAACUAUAAUAGUUAUGAAAAUUUAAUAAAAUGAAAUCCGUGUAAUAACAAAAUUAGUAUUUGUUCAGAAGUUUUUAUUAAGUUCAAAGUUCAAUGUCCGAAGAAGAAGAAGAAGAAGAAGAAGAAGAAGAAGAAAAAGUGCUCAGUUACUUUGAACCUUGACCCUCUUCUUGGUUUUUUUCUUGACUCUCUCGAUUUGUUAAAAAGUACGAACGUGGAAAGGAAAAAGUUGAUGUUUCCUAACAAUUGAAAGGAUCGUCUGUUUGAAUUUUUCCCGCUCUUGGUGAACGAGCGUAGCAUCUUUUUCCUGACGGCAAAUUGUUGACGAAUAGGCUUACGUUUCGUAAGUACACCGCGGGAUACGAACGUUGGACGUUUGAGAUAUUUCGGCGCUGUCAGUCGAGAGGGCGAAGUCGAGCCAAGUCGUUGCUUUCCAAGUUCGUCAAUGAUAGCUGGAAGAUUCGUAGAAAAGUAAUAUCAGUGUAUAGAUCAUUACUUUUUAUCGAUAUAAUUGGCAAAAAAAAAAAAAAAAGAAGAAAUUUAUAUCGUCUUUUUCAAAAAAUCAUCUUUGAAAGAAUUGCGCAAGCAAGACGACAUUUCAUAAGAAGAUAAUUCAAUGUACCGUGUGGUCACUAAAGGACGAUGACAGGAUGUCGUGUCUUCAAAGAAAUAAUAUUAAAUCUCGUUAUUUGGAAUUCGAUCCUAAGUGCAGAGAAAAUCGACGAAGAAGUUUUAUUAGAAUAUGGCAACCCGAAGCAUCUUGAAUCACAGAAAUAUAUGUACUCUUGGACCGGACCUAAUGCGCUUGCGAGAUCAGCUUUGUUGGAACGUCAAGAAAGAUUGCAAUAUAAUUGCGAAGAGUUUCUCAGACGUAAUAAUGUUGAAAAUGGAACUUUGACCUCUGAAUCCUUUAGAAACAUUCUCGUCGACGAGCAACACGAGUUGCUUUAUUGUUACGUACCAAAGGUUGCCUGUACAAACUGGAAACGUGUUUUAAUGGUUGCAACAGGAAAGUGGCCUGGAAACGAUCCUUUAGAAAUACCGGCCGACCAGGCUCACUCUCCGGGUGUAUUUUUGAGGCUAAGUAAUUACACGCUUUCAGAAAUUGAACAAAAGUUAUUAGCGUAUGAUAAACUUAUAGUCGUUAGACAUCCGUUCGAAAGAUUGUUAUCAGCAUAUAGGAAUAAAUUGGAAGCUAAGAAUGAAAAGAGUUCGAGAUACUUUCAAACGCGUUUCGGAAAGAAAAUAAUUAAGAAGUAUAGAGUCAAUGCCACGCAAGAAUCGUUAAAAAAUGGCGAUGACGUUACGUUUCGCGAAUUCGUCGAAUUUAUUAUUAAUGAUUCUGAAAAUGGUACGAAGAACGAACACUGGAGACCGAUAUAUGAAUUAUGCCAUCCAUGCAUAGUUAAUUAUAAUCUUGUAAGUAAGUAUGAGACCUUGGUGGAAGACGCUACGGAAGUGUUGGAAAGGAUGAACGUCGCCUCUGUUAAUUUCCCAUCUAAACCACCGAGCAGCGAGCCAACAUCCAAGAAGUUGGAUCGAUAUUAUUCGAUGCUAAGUUAUAAACAAUUGAGGAAGUUGGAAGAUUUGUACAAAUUAGAUUUGAAAUUGUUCGAUUAUUCGCUCGAGGAUGUUCUAGGAUUUUCAUUAGCUUAAAUUUUUAGUGAGAAUUAUAUAAUAGUAGGUUGUAAAAUAAUACAAAGAACUGAGUUAAGCCGAAUUAAAAGAUUCUAAGAUAUUUUCUAAUUUAUUUAUAUUAGAAUGAAUAAUUAUUGUAGUCGAAUAAUUUAUCUAUUUAAGAAUUUACUCGAGUCACUACGUUACAACAAUUUUUAUUUUAAUGCUGAUCCUUGUGCCAAUAACGUUUAGAUCUAUGAUUGUUAUGUUUUAUCUCAUGUUUUUUGUGUUCUAUGAUAAUGAGAAUGCAUUGUAAUGUGAUUUUUAUUAAUUGCUCUUUUUGUAUAAUGAAAUGUAUACGUAAUCGCAAUUACGAUUGAUUCUUGUACUUUACUUCGAAUUCGACGUUCCAUUUUGAUGUGAUUUGCUUUCUUUUUUUUUUUUAAUAUUUUAAAAUUGAUAUUAAUUUGGAUUAGUUUAUAAAUAUUUUUACACACAUUUUUAGAUAAAUUAUAUAUAAAUUUAUAUACAAAUUAUUAUUCGGGAUUGUAAAGAAGAAAAUUUUUUUUUUAACACGUAAACACAAAUGUUUUGCGUAGCUGUUAGGAAAGAAAAAAAAAUGUUAAAAGAAGAAAAUUUACGUAAUAUUUUGUUCGAAAUUUUAACUCGUAUCUGUCUAGAACAUUGUUGAUAGAAAUCGAUGUUUGCUUAGUGUUCUAAAUUUAAAUUAGAAUUUCGAGAUGACGAACGAGACGGGGAUUUAAUACUGCGACUAAUUUUGGCUAAAAGAUUCGAACAACAUUUCUAUCUAAUCAUAAAAGAAAAUCCUAGAAUUACGUGUUAGCGUACGCAAAUAACAAACAAUUUUGAUCUAUCGAUCAAUCAACUUGAAGGUUUUUCCAAAGUUCUUGAAUUAAUCAUAAUGUCGAUAAGAAGAAGAAGAAUAAUAAUAAGAAAAAGAAAAGUUGAUGCAUAAAAAAGCAAUAGAAAAGAAUUUACGAGCAAUUUAAAACCCGCAACGAGUAAUUUGUUUGAAAAUACUACGAUUAUUACUAACAUACACACACAAGUCGUAUUAAAAGUGAGAAAAAUUAAUAUUUGUUAGAAAAAAUUCCUGCAUUUUCAUGAUACAUUUAUUAACUCGCGUAUUAUUUUAUGAAUAAUUAGCAAAGAUAAACAAGCAAACCUCCAUCGCGAUGAAGGAUCGACCAAUCGAAGUUCUUUCUCGAUCGAUUAGCAAAAAAAGAAAAGAAAAACAUAAUUAAAACAAAACAAAUAUUAUCUAUGAGUAUAUAUUAAUUUAUUCUAUUUCUGUAAUAAGGUCAGCAGAGAAAUCGUUAAGACGUAGAACAGUCUUUCAUGUGCCACACCUUCGCGAUUAUGCGAACUUCCUAUUUGUAGUACACUACCAUGCGUUAUAAACAGCUUAUGUUAGUUUAAAAAAUAAAAAUGAAAUUAGAUGAAAUAAAAUACCACAUACCGUUACUUGAAAAAAGAAAAAGAAAAAACAGAAAAACGUUAAACCCUCAUGAAGAUCUUCGAAAUAGAACCAACGUCUAUUUCUUUUAAAUUUAUUUUUUUCUGUAGCGUGAACGAAUUAUUGUAAAAAAUCUAGAACUAUGAGAGAAAAGAAAGAAAAAAAAAAGAAAUGGAAUAAAAGAACAAUAUUAAAUU